AGGCGCUCGCCCUCAUUGAGCCGGCAGCCUCGUCCUUGGCUUUCCUCUCUCCUCUUUCUCUCCCUCGCUCCCCGUUGGAUCCAGGCCCCUUUUGCUUCUGAUCUGCAUCCUUGGUCCUCCCUUUGUUUCCCCAGCAGCAGCAGCAGCAGCAGCAGCAGCAUCGCCAUGACUGACCAAGCCAUCUCUUUCCUGAAGGAUUUCUUGGCUGGCGGCGUGGCAGCCGCCAUCUCCAAAACGGCGGUGGCUCCCAUCGAAAGGGUCAAGCUCCUGCUCCAGGUGCAACAUGCCAGCAUGCAAAUCACAGCAGAAAAACAAUACAAGGGCAUCAUUGACUGUGUGGUCCGGAUUCCAAAGGAGCAAGGCUUCCUGUCUUUCUGGCGCGGCAAUUUGGCCAACGUGAUCAGAUAUUUCCCCACUCAGGCCCUCAACUUUGCUUUCAAAGACAAAUACAAGCAGAUCUUUUUGGGUGGCGUCGACAAAAGAACCCAGUUCUGGCGUUAUUUUGCCGGCAACUUGGCAUCCGGUGGGGCUGCUGGGGCCACAUCGCUUUGCUUCGUCUACCCACUCGACUUUGCCCGAACACGUCUGGCGGCCGACGUAGGGAAAGCCGGAGCAGAACGAGAGUUCAAAGGGCUUGGUGACUGUCUGGUCAAGAUCUUCAAGUCAGACGGCCUCCGGGGUCUCUACCAGGGCUUCAACGUCUCUGUCCAGGGCAUCAUCAUCUACAGAGCUGCUUACUUUGGCGUCUAUGAUACUGCAAAAGGAAUGCUUCCAGACCCAAAGAAUACCCACAUCUUGAUCAGCUGGAUGAUUGCUCAGACAGUUACUGCAGUUGCUGGCCUGACCUCUUAUCCUUUUGAUACAGUCCGGCGGCGUAUGAUGAUGCAGUCUGGGCGCAGAGGUGCCGACAUCAUGUAUUCUGGUACAAUUGACUGCUGGAAGAAGAUUGCCCGUGAUGAAGGUGGCAAGGCUUUCUUCAAGGGUGCGUGGUCCAACGUCCUCCGAGGAAUGGGGGGUGCUUUUGUCCUAGUCUUGUAUGAUGAAAUCAAGAAAUACACAUAAGCUCCUUCCCUGUGGAUGGCACUUAACGGUGUAAUAUUCAUGGACUGCGUCAAAACUAUUUAUCAGUUUCCACUGAGGUUUCCGCUGGUUGGCAAAGGGACCACAGUUCUGCUUUGCCUGAUCUGUUUAUUGAGUCAUUCCCCUGACAAUGGGACUCAAACUUCAUUUUUAUUCAGUCACUCCUGUUAAAAUAAGUUUGAGAGAAAUAAAAAUAAAAUUAAAAAAACA